AUGUCAUCUGACGCCACUCUAGGAAACAGCCCCAUGGCGCCCAUCAAGAUCGAAUCAGAAUCCCCCGACGACAUGCCUAUCAAGAUCGAAUCAGAAUCCCCCGACGACAUGCCCAUUAAGAUCGAAUCGGAAUCCCCCGACGACAGACCCAUGAGGAUGAAGUCAGAGUCCCCAGACGACAGACCCAUGAGGAUGAAGUCAGAAUCCCCCGACGACAUGGUACCCAUCAAGAUUGAAUCAGAAUCACCCCCCAACAUGGGACCGACGCCAUGGAAAUUAACAACGGGAACUUGA